AUGGUUCUGGCACUAGACGACUCUGACGACCUCGAUCAAAACUUCUCUUCCAUUGUCAUUGACAGACUUCAGUGGUAUGAAGGAGCAGGGGAGACUGCUCUUGGUCAAAGAGUGAAAUAUCCAGAUCGUGUUUGUGGUGUGAAAGGAUCGACAGUCACCCUCCCCUGCUCCUUCAUACCACUGAAGUCUGUCAAUGACAAUGGAAGAGAAGUUUUGAUCGAGGUCGUCAGAGUCAUCUGGUGCAAGAACCAUGAAACCUGUCAGGGAGAGACUCCGUCUGUGUACGACAGCAAAUCACAGAACAAUGACCCUCGUUACAGAUACCUGGGAGACAAGAAGGGAGACUGCACUUUACAGAUCACAGAUUUACAAAAUGAAGACGACGCAACUUUUCUCUUCAGAGUGGAAAUGAAUGAUCCCAGAGCAUCUUUUACUGACCCAGGAGGAGUGAGAGUCACAGUCGCUGCUGCUCUGGGUCAAUGUGUGAACUAUCCAGAUAGCCCUGUUUGGGCUGUGAAAGGAUCGACAGUCACCCUCCCCUGCUCCUUCACACCACUGAAGUCUGUUGAUUACUAUGGAAGAGAAGUUUUGAUCGAGGUCGUCAGAGUCGCCUGGUGCCAGAGCCCUCACAUGUGUAGGACAGGCAAUCCGUCUGUGUACGACAGCGAAUCAAACAACAACAACCCUCGUUACAGAUACCUGGGAGACAAGAAGGGAGACUGCACUUUACAGAUCUCAGAUUUACAGCAGGAAGACGACGCAACUUUUCGCUUCAGAGUGGAAGCUAAUGACCGCAGAGCAUCUUUCACUGACAUAUCAGGAGUGAGAGUCAGACUCUUAGGUGCUCUGGGUCGAAAUGUGAACUAUCCAGAUCCUGUCUGUGGUGUGAAAGGAUCGACCGUCACCCUCCCCUGCUCCUUCAACACACUGAAGUCUGUCAAUGACAAUGGAAGAGAAGUUUUGAUCGAGGUCGUCAGAGUCGCCUGGUGCCAGAGCCCUCACAUGUGUUGGACAGGCACGCCGUUUGUGUACGACAGCGAAUCACAGAACAACGACCCUCGUUACAGAUACCUGGGAGACAAGAAGGGAGACUGCACUUUACAGAUCUCAGAUUUACAGAAGGAAGACGACGCAACUUUUCGCUUCAGAGUGGAAACUAAUGAUCCCAGAUCAACUUUUACUGGCCAACCAGGAGUGAGAGUCACAGUCGGUGAUGGUGCUCAGAUGAAGAUAAGUAGCUCCAGAGAUGACGGAGAGUUUAUAAAAGGAGAAGCAGUCACACUGAACUGUUCUGCUGCAAUCUGCACUAUCCACCAACUGGAGGUCACCUGGUUCAGAGAUGGCUCCACCCUCUCCGAGUCUGGCCCCGCCCUCCAUCUGGGUUAUCUGACUGCAAAGGAUUCUGGGAACUACACCUGUGGUUUGAAGAGGAACAACCGCACCCUCUCCGUGCCGUACAGCCUUCACGUGGAAGAUGAGGAAGGUGCUCUGGGUCAAAGUGUGAACUAUCCAGAUCCUGUUUGUGGUGUGAUAGGAUCAACAGUCACCCUCCCCUGCUCCUUCAAACCACCAAAGUCUGUCGUUGACAAUGGAAGAGAAGUUUUGAUCGAGGUCGUCAGAGUCGUUUGGUGCAACAUCCAUGAAUUCUGUCAGCUUACCACGCCGUCUGUGUACGACAGCGAAUCACAGAACAUCGACCCUCGUUACAGUUACCUGGGAGACAAGAAGGGAGACUGCACUUUACAGAUCUCAGAUUUACAGAAGGAAGACGACGCAACUUUUCGCUUCAGAGUGGAAGCUAAUGAUCCCAGAGCAUCUUUUACUGCCCUAGCAGGAGUGAGAGUCACAGUCGUAGAUGGUGCUCAGAUGAAGAUAAGAAGCUCCAGAGAUGACGGAGAGUUUAAAAGAGGAGAAGCAGUCACACUGAACUGUUCUGCUGUAAUCUGCACUAUCCACCAACUGGAGGUCACCUGGUUCAGAGAUGGCUCCGCCCUCUCCGAGUCUGGCCCCGCCCUCCAUCUGGGUUAUCUGACUGCAAAGGAUUCUGGGAACUACACCUGUGGUUUGAAGAGGAACAACCGCACCCUCUCCGUGCCGUACAGCCUGCACGUGGAAGAUGAGGAAGGAACAAAAGCCUUUGACACAUUGCUGGCUGUUCGUCUGCUUCUCUUCACUCUGCUCACUGUUCUCUUCGUCAUAGUAACGUCCAUCAUCAUCAAAAGGAUGUGUGUUUGCAAAAAAAAGAUGACAGAGUAGCCUCCAGACGUCGUAGCGUAGCUGAGACGUCCAGAGGAACGAGGUCAGGCUGUCUGAUAUUAUCAUCUGUAACAUAUCUGAUCUAAUAUUACAUCACUGGACAUUUAUCUCUGAUAUUAUCAUCUGUAACAUAUCUGCUCUAAUAUUCAUCGCUGGUGCUUUUGAUCUCUGUUGUUC